AGAUGAAAGGAUUCCAUCACCAUUAUUGCUUCUGUCCCUUUAAACAGAGCACGUGAUGCAGACCGUUCGCGCGGGAACGGCUCGCACAACAGCAGCUAGCUGCAGACUGGGCGGGGUCGUCGGCGCGCGGGUUAGAGCCAACCGGGUACAACCGCCUCGCUCUUUCCACCCGGACUCCACCUUUUCCCAUCAGAGUUAACCAAUCACUACCUUACUCCGGGCCCAGCCCCCCUCCGUUCGCGCUGCCCAAAGCUAGACAAGCAGAACCGGAGGAAAGAAGAGGGUGGGGCUUCCGUAGGGGUGGGUCAUUGAAGGCUGCGCGCUCCCCUAAAGUUUCGAACCUUGUUGGCCCGAGGCGAAGGACAAAAUUAAGAGCAGUAGCCAAUAGCAAAGCACAAACCAAUCGCGCGCGCUCCCCCAGGCCCUCCUCUAUUUCGCCCCGCUCUACCGGGAAAGCUUCGGGGAUUGUUUAUUGGCUGAAAAAAUCUGUCACUCAAGAGAGAGCCGAUUGGGUCCCGGAGCCUCUCGGUGAUUGGUUCCGCCCAGGCGCGAAAUGUAACGCGGGAAAAGCAGGAGCUGGGAUAUCGGUGGUAGCAGCAGGUUGUUAUUUUCCGGGGCUUGGGAGUUUGGCUUUAUUGUCACUUCGGGGCAACGUGAGAAGUCUGGGCUGACUGUGCUUCCCUUCCACCCCGCUAUUGCGGGGCUACAUCGGGGAGAAGGGGGGUCGAUUCUGGUUCGGGUCCCUUCUCUGCUGCGGCUUCUUACAGGAUCCCGAACCUCUGAUCGGUGAAAUUUCCACCCCCCACCCCCCCUCGACAGCUACCGGAGGGAUCCCGGGAAGAGCCGCCACGGCCACCGCUGCCGCUUUCUCCUCCCCUGCGAUGAGUCUGCGGCUGUUCUAGUGUCAGAUUCAGCGGGGCAAGUGCUGCUGGUGCUGGAGCGGUGACUAGUUGCCGCGAAACCUUGGAGCCCUCCCUUGGCUCUACUUAUCCGGGAAGGAAAGACCGUGCGAUUGUGACCCCGCAGUCAGCACCAAGAGUGUGAAGUCCAGCGGCCAAGAGAGACCCGGGACGAGUGUGUGUGCGCGUCGCGGGGACUUGGGGGGCUGGUUGGAGAGGAGGGGAUGAUUCGGGGGAUCGAGGCAGCUAUGGCGGAGAACCAGUCCCCGCUGUUCCAGCAGCAGCCGCCGCCGCCCCCGGUCAUUUUUUGCCAUGAUUCCCCCAAACGGGUCCUGGUGUCCGUCAUCAAGACGACCCCGAUCAAGCCCAAGAGGAGCAGCGAGCAGGAGCCGCCGCCGCCGCUCAUCCCAACCAGCCCAGGCUUCAGUGACUUCAUGGUAUACCCUUGGCGCUGGGGCGAAAACGCGCACAACGUGACGCUGAGCCCCGGGGGCCCCGGCGGGGGCAGCUGCUGUGGGGCUUCAGUCGUGGCCGCCUCCCCCGCCUCUUCCUCCGUCAGCGCCCAGCAGGCGCUCCGGGGCCGGGGGGGACCGGCCUCCACCGUAGUGGCCACAGCAAUCUCCGGAGGAGAAGAGGAGGAGGAGGCGGGCAGCCCGGACAGCAGCCACCUGAGGGAUGGGAUCAGACGUGGUCGGCCCAGAGCAGAUACUGUCCGGGAUUUAAUAAAUGAGGGAGAACAUUCUUCUAGCAGAAUCCGUUGUAACAUCUGUAAUAGAGUAUUUCCAAGGGAAAAAUCUCUACAGGCACACAAAAGGACUCACACUGGUGAAAGGCCUUAUUUGUGUGACUACCCAGACUGUGGGAAAGCCUUUGUUCAAAGUGGACAGCUCAAAACACAUCAACGUCUCCACACAGGAGAAAAGCCUUUUGUUUGUUCAGAAAAUGGAUGCUUAAGUCGAUUUACACAUGCUAAUCGCCAUUGUCCUAAGCAUCCUUAUGCAAGGCUGAAGAGAGAAGAACCAACUGAUGGACUGAACAAAAAUCAGACUGCUGACAACAAGGCUGUGGCAGAGUGGCUAGCAAAGUAUUGGGAAACAAGAGAACAGCGCACCCCAACCUUGAAAGGCAAGCCCAUUCAGAAAGCAGAUCAGGAACAGCAAGAUCCGUUGGAAUACAUUCAGUCUGAUGAAGAGGAUGAUGAUAAAAAUGGGGCUCGCCGACUUCUUCAAGAACAACGGGAACGCCUACAUGGAGCUCUUGCUCUCAUAGAGCUUGCAAAUCUGACCGGAGCGCCGCUUCGUCAGUAGCAUGAGAACUUAAUCUUUCAAUGUACAAAAUGUACUGCCCAGCUUACUUAACAAGUAGAUUCUUGGGCACAAGCUAAGCACCUUAAUUUGCUUAUCAUAGGCUGCUAUUCUGUAGAAAUUUAUGAAGAAUGUUAUUGCCCCAGAACAUGGGGUAAGAGAGAAUUGCACUUUUUUUUGUAUGGAAACUAAUUAGAUGUAAAGUUUUAAAGUAUUUUGUAAAUAUGGGACUGCACAGUGCAGUGUUAAAAACUACAUAGUGUGGGAAGCUAGAUUUUGCAAGUUUAAUGCAUUCAUUUGAAGCAGUUCUCACAAAAAGCACUUUCCAAGUAUGACACUUGUCUGAAGAACAGAAUGGUACACAGAACCAAAGAAGGUUGAAAUAGAUUAUUUAUCAAAACAUUUAAAAAUGUAUAUUAGUAUUUUUAAAAAUACUGUAAACAGUGAAACAGGCAAGAUAGUAUUAUAUAUGUAUAUACAUGCAUAUAUACAUGUAAGAUAUAUUUUUAAUUGAAAAAUAGUGUGCCUAAUAGGGGAAGAGAAAUUGGGCCAUUUUGAAAAAGGUGUUCUAAUUUAUGUGCUAGGAAACAGCUAGUUAUUUGAGGGGGUGGGAUUAACAGUUCAGGAUCUUCACUGUAAUAACAAAAUCAGUCUGACUUUGUUUGUCUAGGGCUUUAGAACUCAGUCAAAUUUCUAGACCUGAAAAGCACUUGUUAAGUUGGGAACUUUUGCACAUUGCCAGAAUUCUCAUUUGCUAAAAUUGAAUGAUUAGUCUUGCAAAGUCUAGGUGAUGUGAUAACAAUUGGUAAUAUUUUUCAUAUUACAGGCCCUGUAAUAAGAUUUGGCACUUGGCUUUUGUUAAUAAUAAAAGGGAAUAUUUACAGGGUUAUUUUGAUUUAUAGUGAACUAUUUUAGAUCUGUUAGCAAACACUAAAUGUUAACUGUACUGCUUAUUUAGAAAUCUUAGUAAAUAGAAGCCUCCAUAUUUACAUUUUUCAGUGCAUUAAGUCACCUUAUUGCUUUACUUCAGAAUAACAUGCCAAGUUAUUUUGUGUUCACUAAAUUUAGCUACCAGUUAAACACUGCAGAAAAAUACUAAUUACUCAAAUAAGUAGGCUUCCAGAGAUAAUCAUUACUGCCAGUGUAUUAAAAUUAUAUAGUGGUUUUUAUGCCAUUUCCCCAAAUAGAUUAGGUUAUGAAACAUCACUUAAUGUACUUAAGCAUAAAGAGAAGAAACAAAAGCUAAGCAGUCCAUCUCUUGUGUAAGUUUGAUCACUUUAGCUUUUGUUUUAAGCAGCAACUAACAACCAUAGCACCAUAAUUUGUAGAUUGCUUUAAUUGGUUAACAGAGUACGCAUCAAAAUAAUAGAUAAAGUUGGGCUAUUUCAGCUUCUUUAAAAAAUUGAAAUGAUAUCUUGCAACUGUAGUUUAAACAUUUUAGGCUUCUUUUUCCAAAAAUCCCAGUGUGUUGCAGUACACAGAACAGACAUCCUAACAUGUGGCCAUGGGGAAGGGGAUGCAUUUAAUUGUCAAGACACGUAGCUAAAGAAUACAAAAGGAGUUAUGAUAGUAGCAAAUAAUGUUUAUGAUGAGGACAUAUUUUGAAAAUGUAAUUCCUCUGUACAGUAGAUUGCCAAUCUUGAGGUUGUGGGGUUUUUUGUAAUAGAGAAUUUAUAUUUGUAAUGGUAUGAGAAUUUUGUUUGUAAUCUGGUACAUAGAAUUUUAACUUGUUGGAGCACUUAACCUAAGCAGUAGUAAGAGAGGUUGUAUCAUCUAAGUCAUGAAGAUUGUUGUCUCAAAUGUUACCUCUGGAAUUUUCCCCCUCAAAGUAAACAAUUAAAAUUGGCCAAUUAAGACUGAAUCUUAAAAGAACUGAAGAGCAACACUCUUUUUUAUCUUGGGACAUUUAAACUACAAUACAUUUAUCUGGCAGAGCAUGGGUAAUAUCAAUUUAAACCCUAGUGCCAGGAUCUGAUAUAUUGCAUAGGAAAUAACAUUUAAGGCCUUCAAAAUUAAACUUUUUCUGUUCUAUAGUUUCUCCAAUCAGUUCUUCCUAAUUUGAAUAGUUUAUUGGCAACCAUAUUUUAAUUGUAUAAUUGGAACAAUUUAAUAAAUUAUUUUAAGCACUUGACUACAGUAACAUUAAAAUCUUCCUUUUUUGAUAUAAGCUAUAUUCUUCAGCACAAUAUUAAAUUGAGGACUAAAA